UUAUAUUCUAAUGACAAAAGAAAGUUACCAUAUGCAAAUGAAUGAAUGAUAAAUGAUUCAAAGAAAGUCUCUUCAGUCUCUUUGCCAAUAUAGAAACUUGGCUAUUGGGAGAAGGAGAUAGAGAAAUAAAGGGACAAUGGAGAACACAAGGCUUGAUGAGGAUGAUAUAAUAAGAAGAGUGUAUGAAGCAGCUACGACAGGCUGUGUGGCAAGCUUAAACAGAUUGCUCCAAACAGACCAAUUCAUUCUUAAUAAAAUUUCACUCACUCCUUUUACUGAAACUCCAUUACACAUAUCAUCUUUACUUGGUCACCUUGAUUUCACUCGAGCUAUUCUUGAAAAAUGUCCUAAAAUGGCCUUUGAGUUUGACUCACUCAAACGCUCUCCCCUUCAUCUGGCUUCGGCAGAGGGACAUGCAGAGAUUGUGAAAGCUUUGUUACGUGUAAAGAAUGAUGUUUGUUUGGUUCGUGAUAAAGAUGGCAGAAUUCCUCUGCACUUAGCUGCCAUAAGAGGCAGAGUUGAGGUUAUUCAAGAAUUGAUCAAUGCAUGUUCCGAAACCACAUGGGAACUGCUUGACGGAGAAACAGUUUUACAUUUGUGUGUAAAAUAUAACCAUUUGGAAGCAUUGACGCUGUUGGUGGAAAAUAUUGAGGAUGAUGAGCUUGUCAAUAAGGGAAAUCGUGAUGGGAACACCAUCCUGCAUAUAGCUACGAUGCUAAAGCAAUUAGAGACAAUAAGGUAUCUGCUCUCAGUGCCCAUUAUCAAAGCAAAAGUAAAUGCCAUAAACAGAAUGGGUUUCACAGCCUUGGAUGUAUUAGACCACUCUCCAACAGACUUUAAAAGUUCUGAAAUUCGAGCCAUUUUAAUAGAAUCAGGCGCAAAAAAAGCUACAACUCCAUAUCCAAGCAAUCUCAUGCCAGUAAAACCAGCAGCAACUUUUACAGUUUCCAUUAAAUCACCAUCAGGACCAAAAGCAUGGUUCAGGAAGUUCACAAAAUACAUAGAGCAUCAAGGUAAGAACUGGAUUGAAGAAGCUCAAGGCACAUUAAUGGCAGUUGCAACUCUAAUAGCCGCAAUGACAUUUCAAGCCGUUAUAAGCCCACCUGGCGGCUUAUGGCAACAAGAUUACACAAACGGGGAUGGCAGUUCAAGCUGCAUAAACAAGACUUGUUUGGCUGGAACAGCUAUAUUUGGUUACAUGUAUGAAUCGGAGUACAAAGAUUUCUUGAUAUUUAAUAGCGUUGCUUUUGCUGGAUCACUUGUUGUUGUGUUUCUGAUUAUUAGUGGAUUUUCUCUCCAGAAUAAGUUCCUUACUUGGGUUAUGACAGCUUUAAUGUGCACUACAGUGUAUUUUGCAGCAUAUGCCUAUGUAACAUCGCUGGAUAUGACGACUCCAGAUGAAAUUCUUAGCAAAAUCAAAUGGGUUCAUCCAACGUGGAUUUCUGGUUGGUUUGGGUUGCUUGUUCUUGCUAGCUUAAGUCAUAUAAUUCGAUUUCUUAUCUGGAUUACAAAGAAGCUGAGCACUCGCAGGCAUCGAAAGAAGCAGUUUAGACCACAGCAGCUAACAAAUCUAGAUGAACACAUUAAUGUUUAUCAACUCAUUCUUAAUAAAAUUUCACUCACCUCUUUUACUGAAACUCCCUUACACAUAUCAUCUUUACUUGGCCACCUUGAUUUCACUCAAGCUAUUCUUGAAAAAUGUCCUAAAAUGGCCUCAGAGUUUGACUCUCUCAAACGUUCUCCACUUCAUUUGGCUUCCGCAGAGGGCCAUGUAAAGAUUGUGAAAGCUUUGUUACGUGCAAAUAAUGAUGUUUGUUUGGUUCGUGAUCAAGAUGGCAGAAUUCCUCUGCAUUUGGCUGCCAUGAGAGGCAGAGUUGAGGUUAUUCAAGAAUUGAUCAAUGCAUGUCCUCAAUCCACUAAGGAAUUGCUUGAUGGAGAUACAGUUUUACAUCUGAGUGUAAAAUAUAACCAUUUGGACGCAUUGAUGCUGUUGGUGGAAAAUAUCAAAGAUGAUGAGCUUAUCAAUAAGGGAAAUCAAGAUGGCAACACCAUCCUUCAUAUAGCUUCCAUGCUGAAGCAAUUAGAGACAAUUAGGUACCUGCUCUCAGUGCCCAGCAUCAAAGCAAAAGUAAAUACCAUCAAUAGAAUUGGUUUCGCAGCCUUGGAUCUAUUAGACCACUCUCCAAAAGACUUCAAAAGUCCUGAAAUUCGAGACAUUUUAAGAGAAUCAGGCGCCAAAAAAGCUACAACUCCAACUCCAAGCAAUUUCCUGCCAAUAAAACCAGCUGCAAUUUUUACAGUUCCCAUAAAAUCACCAUCAGGGCCAAAAGCAUGGUGCAAGAAGUUCAUCAAUUACAUAGAGCAUCAAGGUAGUAACUGGAUUGAAGAAACUCAGGGUACAUUAAUGGCAGUUGCAACUCUAAUAGCCGCAAUGACUUUUCAAGCCGUUAUAAGCCCACCUGGCGGCUUAUGGCAAGAAGAUUAUACAAACGGCGCUGGCAGUUCAAGCUGCAAAAAGUAUCCUUGUUUGGCAGGAACAGCAGUAUUUGGUUACACCUACGAAUCGGCAUUCGAAUUGUUCUUGAUUUACAAUAGCAUUGCAUUUGUUGGAUCACUUAUGGUUGUGUUCUUGAUAAUUAGUGGAUUCCCUCUCCAGAAUAAGUUCUGCACAUGGGUUUUGACAGCAGUAAUGUGUACUACAGUGUAUUCUGCAGCAAAUGCUUAUGUAAUGUCGAUGGAUAUGGUGACUCCCGAUCAUAUUCUUCGCCGAAUCGAUUGGAUGCAUCCAAUGUGGGCUUUCAGUUGGUUGGGUUCGAUUGUUGUUGUUAGUUUAAGUCAUAUAAUUCGAUUUUUCAUUUGGUGUACGAGGAGGUUGAGCAUUCUUCGUCAUCAGAAGAAGCUGUUGAGGCUACAGCAGCUUAAAAAUCCAGAUGAACACCUUAAUCUGGCCAUUGGGAAUAAAGAGAGAAUGGAGAUCAUAAAGUUUGAUGAAGAUGAUAGUAUAAAAGGAGUGUAUGAAGCAGCUAUGAGAGGCUGUGUGGAAAGCUUAAACAAAUUGCUUCAAACAGACCAACUCAUUCUUAAUAAAAUUUCACUCUCCUCUUUUACUGAAACUCCCUUGCACAUAACAUCUUUACGUGGCCACCUUGAUUUCACUCGAGCUAUUCUUGAAAAAUGUCCUAAAAUGGCCUCAGAGUUUGACUCUCUCAAACGUUCUCCACUUCAUUUGGCUUCCGCAGAGGGCCAUGUAAAGAUUGUGAAAGCUUUGUUACGUGCAAAUAAUGAUGUUUGUUUGGUUCGUGAUCAAGAUGGUAGAAUUCCUCUGCAUUUGGCUGCCAUGAGAGGCAGAGUUGAGAUUAUUCAAGAAUUGAUCAAUGCAUGUCCUCAAUCCACUAAGGAAUUGCUUGAUGGAGAUACAGUUUUACAUCUGAGUGUAAAAUAUAACCAUUUGGACGCAUUGAUGCUGUUGGUGGAAAAUAUCAAAGAUGAUGAGCUUGUCAAUAAGGGAAAUCAAGAUGGCAACACCAUCCUUCAUAUAGCUUCCAUGCUGAAGCAAUUAGAGACAAUAAGGUACAUGCUCUCAGUGCCCAUUAUCAAAGAAAAAGUAAAAACCACAAAUAGAAUGGGUUUCACAGCCUUGGAUAUAUUAGACAACUCUCCAAGAGACUUCAACAGUCCUGAAAUUCGAGCCAUUUUAAUAGAAUCAGGAGCACAAAAAGCUAGAACACUCCUACAAGUAAAACCUGAUGUAAAUGUUACAGUUCCCGUUAAAUCACCAUCAGGACCAAAAGCAUGGUUCAGUAAGAUGAAGAAAUACUUGGGGAAUCAUGAUUAUAACUGGAUUGAGGAUACUCAUGGCACAUUAAUGGCAGUUGCAACUCUAAUAGCGUCGAUGACUUUUCAAGCCAUUAUAAACCCACCUGGUGGUGUCUGGCAAGAAGAUUAUACAAAGGGUAAAGGCAGUUCAAGCUGCAAAAAGUAUCCUUGUUUUGCUGGAACAGCAGUAUUUGGUUACACCAACGAAUCAGCAUUCGAAUUGUUCUUGAUUUACAAUAGUGUUGCCUUUGUUGGAUCACUUAUUGUUGUGUUCUUGACUAUUAGUGGAUUCCCUUUCCAUAAUAAGUUCUGCACAUGGGUCUUGACAGUGCUAAUGUGUGGUACAGUGUUUUCCGCAGCAAAUGCUUAUGUAAUAUCGUUGGACAUGGUGACUCCAGAUCAUAUUCUUCGAGAAAUUAGCGAUUGGUGGGGUAAUACGUGGUAUUAUGGUUGGUUUGGUUUGAUUUUUGUUGUUGGUUUUCUAGAGGUUUACACGUUUGAGAAUUCUUUUGUUGUAUUCUGUAUUGUAUGAUAGGUACGAUAUAUAGCAAUUUACAUGUAUAUCUUUUAGUGACAAUUACAAAUACAGCUAAUAUUAAAUACAAAUAAAUUGUAAAUAUUAUCUUAA